UAAGGAAAAAUGGAAGAAAAACAGCUUUAUAAAUAAUAUAAUCUCUAAUUUAUCUCUUUUAUUUAAAAACGAACAAACAUUUUGUGUUGCGGCGUGUUGAUCCAGAGCAGAUGGCGAAUGGUGAAUCCAAUUUCAUCGGAUUAUCCAUCAAAUUACCGGAUGGGACGACUCAAAAAUUCCUUGCGUAUCCUGGUAGUACAGUGAAGGAUGUCCACCAGGGAAUUCUACUGGAAUGUAAAAUUCCAGUUACGGAACAGAAAUUAUAUUGUAAGGGAAAGCAGCUACAGCGGUGGCAGACACUUGAAGACUACUCAAUUCAAAACGACGAUUGCCUCGAAUUGAAGCUUGGAUUUGAUGACACAUCGGUACUUUUCCAAAAGAUUCACCAAAUGAGUUCAAACAUUUGUCGCAUGUGCCUAGGGGAAUAUCUCUCGGAAGCUGCUUUUGACGAUAACUGGAUGACGAUUUUCGCACUGUUGGCACUUCUAACAGAAGAGGAAUCGGAGAAUCUUAUGAGUUCGUAUUCUGUCCCUGCGACUUUGGUUAUGCUUUACAGGUCAGAAAUUCCACAAUACAAAGACUAUGCUUCUGAUUUGAUAACGUUUUCCUGGUUAGAAAUAUCGAAUUGUCCAGAUGUUUCUGUUGAUGGAUGUAUACAUUUAGCAUUAGAAUUUUGUGCUUCGCUUAGUAAGGUAUAUGGUGAUCCUCUGUAUCGGCUAUGGCGGACUACUCUAAAGCAGUUGUUGGAAAGAGGUAACCUUAGCGAGCUACGCAAAAUUCUUAAAAUUAGACCCCCCUUUUUUGAGAUGGCAAAUACCUUAAGCAUCCUAUUGAGUAAGAUGCAAGAAUCAAAUCGAAACUCAUAUUAUGUAAUUGAGUCAUUGAAAUUUCAUUUUUGUGAAUUCCAGGUAUUUUCAGGCGUAUUACGUAAUGCAAUUUGUGGUAUAGAUAAUGCCAAAGAGGAGGAUAAGUAUAUAGUUGAUUUAUUGUCAACAGGUAUUAAAGGUGUAUUUAGUAUCCUGUUGAAUAAAAUGGAGAAUAAUCUUAGACUUAUACCAGAGACAGCAAGAAUAUUCGAAACAAGUGGUUGGUUGCAUUCUGUUUCGAUUGUGUAUCUGGACAUUUUGAAAGAGCUAAACAGCAUUUCUCAACUUUGGGAGAAUGAACAAAAGCAAUUUCAGCAUGUAUUAAUGAACCAGCAGAUUUCACUACAGCUGAUACUUGAAAAAACUACGUGGAAAGAUGAUUAUCAUUGGCUUCUUAAGCACAAUGAUGUGAUUGAUUCUAAAUCCAGGAUGCAUUUAGUUACGAUGAUGAUGAUCCCUGAGGAAAAAUUACUUGAUGCUGAGUUCUACAAGCCACUCGUUCACUGGUCUAGAUUUCUAGACGAAGAUCUGUAUGAGUCAUUGAAAGAUAACAAUAUUACCAGUCCUAAAAAAUUGCAGGAUUGGUUAUACAAGUUAUGCCAAGCUAUAUUCAAACAAAAUCUCCUCUUUCUGGCGUGCUCAAAUGAUCCUAUGAAGUUCUAUCCUAAUCCUGAAUUGAAAUUAGAACCAUUACACUUCGACUGUUUCGAAUUUUCUGGUAAAGUGAUUGCAUUGGCAUUGAUGCAUGAAGUACAAGUAGGUGUUGCCUUUCAUCGUUUGUUUCUUCUGCCAUUGGCUGGAGAGGAAAUUUCUGUAAAAGAUUUAAGAGAUGCAAAUCCAUCUUUUUACAAUAACAAGGCCAAGCAUCGUUUUCAUGAUGAUGAUGAAAUUCUGGAUGACUUCAUCAACUCUAUGUCUGAACAGAUAUCCUUUUUCAGAAGAGGCUUCGAUAGUGUUUUUGGAAAAUCAAUCGACAAACUGCUAAAGUAUAGGGGAAUAGAUGUUGAAGAUCUUAACCUGGUGCUAAAAGGAGACUUAAAUCUUGGAUUUAAUUCUGGUGAGAGAACACAUGUGAAUCAUGACAACAAUGAAAGUGAUCCUCUAAUGUCCCAGUUCUUGAAGAUUAAUAGACAAAGACUCAAUAUUACAAAGUCAAAGUGGCGAAAGGAUCGUAAGAAGCCUCUAGGAGGAGGAAUUUUCGGAAAAGUGUACAAGGGAUAUGCUGAUGGCGGUUUCUUUUUCGCCGUAAAGGAAAUACAAAUUAAAAAUAAAGGAGAAAUUGACAAAAUUAAUCAAGAGGUUAACUUAUUGUGUCAAUUUAGUCAUCCAAAUAUAGUCAAAUAUUAUGGCACUGAGGAGGAUGAGUCGAAGGUCAAUAUUUUUCUUGAGCUUGUAAGUACAGGCUCCCUCCGAAAAGUAUAUAGAAGUUUUGAAUUGGAAGAAUCCCAAGUGUCCCACUACACCAAACAGAUACUGGAAGGUUUGAAGUAUCUCCAUGAGCGAAAGGUAGUCCAUGGAGACAUCAAAUGUGCAAAUAUACUGGUGGAUGAGAAAGGAUACGUGAAAAUUACAGAUUUUGGAUUGACAAAAGUGACUGGAGUAAUUGCUCUUUUGAAGUCUCGAUAUGGGAAAAUAGACUGGACAGCUCCGGAGGUUAUGAAACAGGACAAAGAGUAUGGAUUUGAAGCUGAUAUUUGGAGCCUUGGCUGCACCGUCGUGGAGAUGUUAAUUAGGGAUUUUCCGUACUCUCAUUUCAAAGAGUUGCAUGCAAAGUCCACUGAUCCUUUGAAAGAUUUUAAAGCAGAUCUAGAAUUGGAGGUUCAAAAAGGGUCCAUUUUACAUUAUCUUCCUAAGUAUAGUCUUCAUGAUUAUCCUCUGGCACUAGAUUUUAUCGAGCGGUGCCUGAAACGUAAUCCAAAUGAGCGUCCAACUGCUGAUACGCUUUUGGAGCAUAAGUUUGUGAAGGAUUCUGGCUGUUAGUAUUUUUCAGAUUCCAAUCAACUCCCCUAAAAUUUCUUCUUCAGCUUGAAUUGUGUGAACAAACGUCUAGUGUUUUUUUAUGAGCAUUUCUUCAUGUUGCUUCGUUAAAAUAAAGCAAAAAUUAAAAAAAAAAAAAAAAAAAAGGCUAGCAGAGCUUGGCUAUAUGAACUUGCAGUGAAUCAAAUCAUUUUGUAACAUCAUGCGUUUAGGUUGGUGUAUGCUCUGUGUUUGUAAAGGACUGUUGGUCGUUAUUUGCUGUGUUUGUAAUUGCAAGGGGUUUUUUUAUCAA